AUGGGUAGUGAUCAUAGGACUAUUGCUGAAGUUCUUUCUUUUAUAUUAAAUCUUUACAUUUCUGUGAGUGAUACCUUUUCAAAACAAGUAUGUGACGAGUGCCAUGCAUCAAUUUAUAAGCUUGACCAAUUUAAAAAGCGCUGUAUACAGUCGGAGGGCGCAAUAAAUGACGGAUAUUAUGCAGAAGGUAAAGUUGAAGAUAGUGAAACUCAAGUAUGUAAAUCACCUAUUAAAGAAGAAUCCCUUAACAAAUUUUGUAUGGAUGAGCCCUACCAGUGCAGUGUUUGUUCAAAAAAGUUCUCUGAUUUACUUCUUCUUGAAUCACAUGUAUUAACUGGUCAUAGUUACACAAAUGAAUCAUUGAUGAAAGACUUAACAAUAACGAAGCAUAUUAUAGACUACUCAGAGUAUCCAGAAAACUCUUCCCUUUAUUCUAAUGAUGCAAUUGAAAAUGAUUGUGAUAUGAAUGAAUUUCAAAGCAAAAAAGAUGAAUUACAAAAUGAGCCAGAUUUCAUUGACUUCUCAGAAAGAGCUGAGCUGCUGCCAAGUCCACUAAUAGAUGAUAAAGAGGAAGUAAUAAACAAAGAUACAUUUUUUAAUGCAGUCAAAUGUGAAUGUGGAUUAACUUUUGAUACUUAUGCAUUAUACCAGGUACAUUUAAAAGACAAAAAUUGCAACAAGAGUAUUAAAAACGAUGCAAAUAGUACAAAUGAAGAAGAAAUUGAUAAAUAUGAUAUCAAUAGUACGAAUGAAGAAACUGAUAAAGAUGCACAGAAAAGUAAAGCCAAAUGUAAAAAAUGUGAUAAUGAAUUUAAUAACAUAAAGGAUUAUAAAAUACAUCAACGUGCACAUAGAUUUGAAAACAUAGACCCUUCAGAACUUUUUCACUGUUCAAUGUGUAUGAGAAGAUUUACGAGAAAGUCAUCAUUCACUGCACAUUUAAAGACACACGAGAUAAAGGCUAACAUAAAGUAUAUUUGCAAUACAUGCAAGAGGGAGUUCCAACAUCAAGCUCAUUUGGAUAACCACAUUUUAUCUGUACACACAAGAGAAACUGGCUAUAACUGUGAAUACUGUACAAAGAACUUUGCAACGCAAGAUAGCUUAAAAAACCACCAAGAUGCUCAUAAAAUAGAAAAAAGGCAUCAAUGCCAUUUCUGUAAUAAAGCCUUCUGCAUGCUUUCUACACUAAGGGAUCACAUACGGACCCAUACAGGGGAGAAACCAUUCCUGUGCUCAUCUUGUGGCAAAGGUUUUAGUCAGAAGAACAACUUGGCUCAGCAUAUGAGGCGACAUCAAGGCUUAAAGCCUUUUAAGUGUGAAGAUUGUGAUCAGAGCUUCGUUUCGAAAGGCGAAUUAGUUGCUCACAAGCGGAAACACAGUGGCGCGCAUCCUUUUGUAUGCGACGACUGCGGCAACGGAUUCACGACGUCAAGCUCUCUGGUCAAGCACCGUCGCAUCCACACUGGAGAGAGACCUUACGCCUGCGACCUCUGUUCCAUGAAGUUCACGGCUUCUGGAACGCUGAAGAAUCAUCGACGCAUUCAUACCGGCGAGAAACCUUAUCAAUGUUCGUAUUGCGAGAAGGCGUUCGUUCAACGCCAAGACCUUGUGUCUCACAUUCGCUGUCAUACUGGUGAGCGACCGUACGUGUGUAACACGUGCGGACAAUCUUUUAGAAAAGCCGCAGCUCUAAAAGCUCAUCACAAAUUACACGGAAGUGAACCUAUACCGAUGCAGAAAGACGUCAGUCUUACCUUAUUACACGGUGUGAACGUAUUGAUUACUGGAGUGAAUGACAUCAUAAGCGAGUAA